AUGUCAAAGUCAAAGAACAGCGGCCCCGGGGGCUAUCAUCAAGAAUAUAUCACUUCACUUCGCUAUCGCAAUGAUCUUCCCGUCCCUGAUAUGCCUCCUAAAUUCCUGGAGGUCCCGCAUGAGGGUCUAGAGCACUUCCUCAGUCCCGGGUUUGUAGCGAAUAUGGUGCGUCGCGAGGAGCUAAAUAUUGAUGUUGAUGCAGAAGGAGGAAUGCCUAUUGACCUGGUCGGAAUUCCGGGUCUACACUUGGGUGAUGAAAGUGCUAUCAUGGCUCCGGAGAACCCCCCUCUCCUUGACCCAGCUGAUCUGCCUCUACUUAUGACCCCUGACCAAUUGAGGAACCCAGCCCCAAGGAAUGCGAAUGUGAGCUUUCUUCGCAGAACUCAAUAUAUCGCCACAGCAGGAUCUGGACGGAGUGUGGAUUCGAGGAUUGCGCCGGGAGGAUCCAAGCACAAAGUGCAGAAACCGAAACCAUCGCGAGACGACCCGUCGCACAUCAAAAAGUAUAUUAUUAAAGGAUUUGACAUCGCAUAUCCAAAGAGUAAGCAUACAGGAGAGGAUACAGAAUCACAGAUUAGAGGCUUGCCUGCCACUAAGGCGGAGCUCGAUGCCUGGGCAAAUCCCGUGCAUCCAGAUAAUCCAAACUUAAAGCCAGUGGGGCUCUUCCCUAUUAUUCCAGAUCUUGACGGCUUUCCGGACCCUGGUGGCUUCUUACAAUUUAAAUUCGAUAAAGCCCCGGUUCAAGCUUCCGCAGGGAAGCGUGAUGACCGUAUGGAUGUUGCAAUCCUGCUCCCAUCAGCCCCAGAAGAAAGAGUUUGUCAAGAACAUGCUUCAAAAACGGCCCUCCACAAAGCCAACCCGAGUCUUUACCCCGACCCUGGACCGAUUCCUUGGGAUUAUGAUCUUUUCCUGGCUGAAAAAGAGGGCUCAGUGAAGAAAAUAAAGAAUAGUCUGAGCCUCUCAAACCCCAACAGAGAUGAUGCUGAUAACUACACCCACGAGGGACCCGACGGAACCAAAUACCACCGAUACGACCGUCUUCGCACUUACGCGACUAGUACACAGGUCCUAAACACCGACCAAAAGUACAAAGAUAUCGGCCUUGUCCUCUUUGAUCCAGCACAGGCAAACCAAGACACUCGUCUUACUCAGAAAGCAGCAUACUACUACCCAAUCUUGGGCAAGACUCGCUUGAAGCCCGAACGUUCCCGCACGAUUGCCCAGGCUGGCUUGGCCCCUACUCGCGCAAAAGCAAAGGAAGAGCAAGUGCAUCAAAUCCAGGUUUCGGUUCGUGACCCGAACCCAGAUGAAACGUACAAGAGAGCCACCCAUCGGGCGCAAGUGGAUUCGAAGUUUGCAAAGAAUAUGCCUUCUCCGCCAGCCUCCGCUGAGGAGGUGAUCAAAGACGAUAUUGAUGCAGAAGGGGAUGAGGUUCACUCGCCGUAAUCGGUCGUUAAAUUCUCUUUUUUGUCUGUGAAAUGACAGCAUUGAUCUCCUUCCAAGAGGUUUUCUUUCACUAACUUUUCUCCAUUCGAAUUCCGCUGAAGCAUUUGAUCUGGGGAGGCAUUUUCAUGUGGCCUUUUUCGUACUUAUCUAGAUAAUUGGCGUUAUUUCCUUUCAUUUUUCAGCAGGAAGUCGUACCGAAAUGCGUGUACUAUUAGUGAAGUCGAUUCUCACUGGAUUUAGGGAUGGGUCUGAUUUAAAGGAGAAUCAAAUAUUUAUUCCGAUGUUUAUCUGCUAGUGAGCAGUCCUUUUCCUGCCCAUAUUUAAGCAGGCUAAAGUAGAAAGGGACGCUAGCUCUAUUGAAA